AUGGCAUGUUCAUCAAAAAGUGUUUUCCAUGUUCCGAUAUUGAAUGAGAGUAUGCUUCUUGGAUCUAAAUCCAAAGAGUUUUUUAGUCUUUGUCCUUCAAAACAUGGUAAAGCAAAACCAAGCACCAACUCUGUUAUGAGUACUGUCUCUAUUAAUGCACAUGAAACAAUUUGUGUUAGUAAAAGCUUGAAGUGGUGGAACAAGAAUUUAAAGAGUAAUAUGAUUGAGAUCCAUUCAGCUCAAGAACUUGUUGAUUGUUUGGUCAGCGCCGGUGAUGCGUUGGUUGUGCUGGAUUUCUACUCACCUGGUUGUGGAGGCUGCAAAGCUCUUCACCCAAAAAUAUGUCAAAUAGCAGAAUCAAACCCAAGUAUAAUAUUUCUGAAAGUGAAUUACGAGGAGCUGAGAAGUAUGUGUCAAAGUUUGCACAUUCAUGUUUUACCAUUCUUCAGAUUCUAUAGAGGUGCAGAGGGUCGAGUUUGCAGCUUCAGUUGUACAACCACAACGAUAAAGAAAUUGAAGAAUGCCAUAGCAAAACAUGGAAACGAACGUUGUAGCUUAGGUGAAGCAAAAGGUUUGGAUGAGUCUGAGUUGAAGGAUUUGGCAUCAAUUGGUGAAAUAACAAGUGAUUCUCCUUCGUUGUAUUCUAUGGGAGAGAAAUUUAAGGAUUUUUCUGAUGUUUGGAGUAUGACAACAAAUAGUAACAGUGGAUUUUUGCCUGAUAUCUUAUGGUGA